AGUGUAUCGAUUCUCUCCAAAAGUCGUCACACACGACAGUGAGUGUUAGUUUCAAUGUGCGCCACCCUGCAACAGCGCCAUUUGACACAACACUGUCUGUCCAUCUGAAUUUUAGCAACAAAACACGAAAUAUUACGUAAAAUUUUCAGUGGAGUUGGUACGGGUUCAGCAUGGCAAUUAAAGAUCCAAUGUUAGAUUAUGGAACGUCCGAAGAGGAGGCAUGGCGAUGGAAAUUCAUACCGUUGUAUAUCAGAUACCAAAGACGUAGAGAUACCUAUCUGUACACGGUAAAGUAUUAUGACAAGCCUGAAGGCCAAGAUUUGCUCGGAAAAUUGAUUGCCACCAAUCGGCUCACACUUCCCGCGGGUAUAGUUUGGGGUAUUGCUGAUGCUUUCAUGCACGGUGGCCAGAAUCUUCCCGGUUUCCAACAAAAAUUCGGACGAAUUGUUCACUUUGCAUGGCCAGCCGCUGGUGUAGCAACCGCAUUCACGUCGGCCGCGUAUUUUUCCUCUAAAUUCAGAAACGGAAAGGAUGAUUAUUAUAACUAUGCCUUGGGUGCCAUUGCAGCGGGUAGCGUAGUUGGUGCAUGGCAGAGAAGCCACGUUGUUGGUUGGAGUGCAUCAUUAUUCUUCUUAAUUGGUGCAUAUGCUCAAAGAAUAAGAAUCGAAGAGGGAUGGAAAUGGUGGCAAAUUCCGGAGCAAAAUUUAAAUGGAGAUCAUCGUUGGCACAAAGUUGCUUGGGAUAUUUAUGAAGAUCCAUUGCCUAAAGGUUAUACGACCAGCGCCGAUAAAAAAUCCUAAGCCAAUCGAAUCAUCUAGUUUCUUGAAUUUUAUAAAAUCUACCAAAACAGGCUGCAUUUUGGUUUGCAUAACGUCUGUGUAAUUAACUUUGUAGCUGAAGAAAAGAAACAUACUGAAUAAACUGUACUGUUACAAAGAAAACAAAAAAAAA